AUGGCUCCCAAGAAGAAGAUCGCCGUCAUGACCUCGGGAGGCGACUCCCCGGGAAUGAACGCUGCUGUUCGAGCCGUUGUGCGCAUGUCCCUUCACAUGGGCUGCGAUGCCUUUUGCGUCUACGAGGGAUAUGAGGGCUUGGUACAGGGCGGCAACUUUAUCCGACAGAUGGAGUGGAACGACGUUCGAGGCUACCUUGGAGAAGGUGGUACACUCAUUGGAACUGCUCGAUGCAUGGCCUUCUACGAGCGUCCUGGCCGGUUAACAGCUGCCAAGAACAUGGUUCUGUCUGGCAUUGAUGCUCUAAUUAUCUGCGGUGGUGACGGCUCUCUGACUGGAGCUGACAGAUUCCGAGAUGAGUGGCCUUCUCUCAUUGAGGAGCUUGUUUCCAAGGGUGACUUGACUCAAUCCCAGGUCGCACCUUACAAGCACCUCAACAUUGUUGGACUUGUCGGCUCUAUUGACAAUGAUCUUGCCGGAACUGAUGCCACCAUUGGCUGUUACUCAGCCCUCGCCCGUAUUUGUGAGAUGGUUGAUUACGUUGAGGCGACUGCCUCUUCACACUCGCGCGCUUUCGUUGUCGAGGUCAUGGGCCGACAUUGCGGUUGGUUAGCCCUCAUGGCAGGUGUCGCGACAGGCGCAGACUUUGUCUUUAUCCCUGAGAGACCUGGUGAGCACGACUGGCAAGAGGAUAUGAAGGUCGUUGUUAGAAGACACCGUGAUCUCGGAAAGCGUAAGACAAUCGUUAUUGUCGCUGAAGGCGCGCGCGACAAGGACGGAAAGAAGAUCGGCGCCGAAGAGAUCAAGGACAUCCUGGCCGACAAGAGUGAGGGCGGCCUUGCUCUCGAUACUCGUAUUACCACUCUCGGUCACGUCCAACGAGGUGGAACUGCUGUCGCCUACGACCGAAUGCUGGCUACCCUGCAGGGUGUUGAAGCCGUCAAGGCUGUCCUCGAAGCUACACCAGAGACUGAGACUCCCUUCAUCGCUAUUAACGAGAACAAGAUCGUUCGUAAGCCUCUGAUGAAAGCUGUUGCCGAGACCAAAGAGCUCGCCAAGGCUGUUGAUGCCAAAGAUUUCGAGAAGGCAAUGUCUCUUCGAGACACUGAAUUCGCUGACCAAUGGAACUCUUACAUGCUAACCACCAACGUUAUGGUGGACGAUUCCAAGCUGCCUGAGAAGGAGCGUAUGCGAAUCGGUUUCAUCAACGUCGGUGCCCCUGCUGGUGGCAUGAACGCUGCUGUACGUGCGGCUGUUGCGUACUGUCUUUCAAAGGGCCACGAGCCGCUUGCUAUUCACAACGGUUUCGCUGGAUUUGCCCGACACCAUGACGACAAGCCUCUUGGUGCUGUUCGUCCGUUCGACUGGCUCGAGGUUGACGGUUGGGCAAGCAAGGGUGGUUCCGAGAUUGGCACAAACCGAGAGCUCCCAGGUGAGUCAGGUAUGGAGCUAAUUGCCAACCUGAUUGAGGAACACAACUUCGACGCCCUGUUCCUUGUUGGUGGUUUCGAGGCCUUCCACUCUGUGUCCCAAUUACGCAAGGCCAGGGCCCAGUACCCUUCACUGUGCAUUCCUAUGGUCAUUCUCCCUGCCACCAUCUCCAACAACGUUCCCGGAACAGAAUACUCUCUCGGCUCUGAUACCUGCUUGAACGAGCUUGUCAACUACUGUGACAAGAUCAAGCAGUCCGCGUCUGCUACCCGUCGUCGUGUGUUUGUCAUUGAGACCCAGGGAGGACGUUCCGGUUACAUUGCUACACUAGCCGGUCUUGACGUUGGUGCCUCGGCCGUGUACAUUCCUGAGGAAGGUAUUUCUCUUGAGAUGCUCAACUCAGAUGUCAACUACCUCAAGGAGGUAUUCAAGAAGGACAAGGGCCAAUCACGUGCUGGUCGUCUUAUCCUCGUCAACGAGAAGUCUAGCAAGGUCUACAGCGCUAAGCUGAUCGCGGACAUCAUCCGCGAGGAAGCCCACGACCGAUUUGAGAGCCGAGAGAGCAUUCCCGGUCAUGUCCAGCAGGGUGGUGUUCCUUCGCCCAUGGAUCGUUGCCGAGCCGUCCGUCUGGCCAUCAAGUGUAUGCAACACCUUGAAGGUUAUGGACGUAAUGCGCACAAUCAUGUUAAGAAGGACCCCAAGAGUGCAUCCGUUAUUGGAAUUCAGGGCUCUGAAGUUGUGUUCUCUGGAAUGGAAGAACUAGAACAGAAUGGUACAGACUGGCCAAACCGAAGACCCAAGAUUGCCCACUGGAUGGGCCUGUCUGACGUCGUAGACAUGCUCGCGGGCCGUCCCGACUACCCGAAGCCGGAGAAGAGCUUGACAGGGUUGAUCGCAAAGGACACAAAACGUGGUCUAUAA